UUUAACACACAUAUACGACACAUCAACGUACCAGUAUCACACGUUUACACACACACACACACAUACAUACAACAUACAUGUUAUUGCAUGGAUAUGAAUAAAUAGAUUCACUGCAUGGAUAACCUAUAGUAAAAAUAAGAUAACGUUUUUGUAUUCGAGGAACACGGAAGUGUUUUGAAAUGGAUGUUAUGGGAUGUGCUGUUCUAUUCUUUAUAUCACAGAAAUUCGCUAACGCAAUAACUCUGACCUCAUCAUCUGAUGGUGCUUCUGUUGGUGUUGACUUCACGUUAUCCUGUCAAUCGAAUGUACUCAGUAUUGUUUUCAAUAGAGAUGGUAAUGUAGUAUGUACAAUAACAGGUGAUAAUUCAGAUGGUACCUGUCGUUUCUUUGGCGAUUGCAACAAUAAUUAUCAAUAUCACUGUAAUGAUAGUAUUGGUGUGUACGACCUGACAAUACCCAGUUCAUAUGACAUUGACACUUUACAUGACAGUAAUUGGCGAUGUACCGUACCAUCAACAUCCGCAAAUUCACCAACUAUUCAGCUAUAUGUGUAUGUUCCAAUUACACAAGUAUACAUUACAACAAACCCAAUGGAUGAUAAUCCACCAGGUAUUAUAUUGAACAGAAGUAAAACCUUCACAUGUACAACAAAUGCAGGUAGACCAUCAUCAAGGAUACAAUGGUAUAAAUCUACAGACAACAUUACUGGUUUCGCUACUCCUCAGCCCGAUGCGAAUUGUAAUAAGGAGAAAUGUAGAUCGUCUAGUGAGCUUACGUACACUGGAAUCAAAUCUGACGACGGGAAAGUCAUAUACUGUACAGCUGUCAAUGGUCAAGGUCAAACUGUCAGAUCAGAAAACAAAUCCAUUGUCAUUUGGUAUGGACCGAGUAAUGUUACCAUAUCCCCACAAACACUAAUCUAUAGAGUUAAUGAGUCAGCAGGUACUGUUGGACCAGUUACUUGUCAAGCCCAUGACUGCAAACCUGAAUGCAAAGUCAAAUGGAUUGGACCAAAAUUUACUGGUGAUACCUCCACGACCUCAUCUGUACUGAACCUGCGAAACAUCUUCAGGAACCAGACAGGGAACUAUUUUUGCAGUGCAUCAAAUCAGGCCUGGAAUAAGACUUCUGAUUAUAUUAGUGUUAUUGUUAAUUAUCGUCCAACCAAAGUCAUCAUUAUCCCAUCAAGUCAGGUUUACACUGUUCAAGAGACCACCGAUAGCAUUGGACCAAUUAAUUGUACAGCUGAUUGUAUACCUGAAUGUACAAUGACAUGGAAUGGACCUAAUAUUCCUGAUGGUACCACAUCUGUAUUGAAUUUACAGAACAUCGAUAGAAACCAGGCAGGAGACUACCGGUGUAUGGCUACAAACAUUAUUGGCAGUGAGAUGUCUGUUAUAGUGAAUAUUAAGGUUAAUUACGGACCAGGACAGGUUAACAUUGAGCCAAACACACUGAUAUACACGGUAACAGAGACAACAGGAGAGAUUGGUCCUAUCACAUGCACAGCUGAAUGUAAUCCUAAUUGCUCAAUGUCAUGGACAGUACCAAAUAUUCGUAGUGGAGCUUUAUCCGUACUUCAUCUACAGAACAUUGAUCGUAAUCAAGCAGGGAGCUAUAUGUGUACGGCAACAAAUAAUUACGGGAAUAAGACAUCUUCAACUGUCAGUGUUAUUGUUGAGUACGGUCCAAGGAAAGUUAACAUAAUACCUUUAAAACAGAACUUCACAGCUAUAGAGGCAGUUGGAAAUAUUGGUCCUAUUAACUGUACAGCUGAUUGUAAACCUGAAUGUACUAUGACAUGGAAUGGACCUUAUCUCCCAGAAGGCAUUACAUCUGUACUAUACCUGCAGAACAUCAACAAAACCCAAGCGGGAAAGUAUUCGUGCAUUGCUUCAAACAGUGUUAGUAGUCUGGCAUCUAGUCAUAUUAACGUUAUUGUUAACUAUGGCCCUGCUGUUGUUGAUAUUUCACCUCAAAAACAGUUUCACAUAGUAAACGAAACUGACAGAGUGACAAAUAUAACAUGCACAGCAGAUUGUAACCCCAGAUGUAUAUUGACAUGGACAGGACCUAAUUUGCCUGCCAAACUUCCUGGUCAUGCGUCAUCUAUGCUGAAUAUUCCCAAUAUUGCCAGGAACCAAUCAGGAACGUACAAAUGUAAUGCUUCGAAUACUGUUGGUAGCAAGAUAUCAUUACCUAUAAAUAUUAGUGUGAACUUUCUACCAGCAGUGAAUACUAUUUUUGGAAACAGAUCAUUUCAUGAAAACGACACUGCUGUAUUUUCAUGCAAUGUGGAGAGUAGACCAUCUUCGAACAUAACAUGGUUAUUUGGGGAACAGAUCCUUGGAAAAACUUAUAUGAUUUUUGUUCACGAUAAACCGGAACAAAACAAGAAUGUCCAACUUAGUACACUGAAUAUCACUCAAAUUGGAUGCUUAUCAAUGGGGAAAUAUACUUGUGCUGCUAACAACAUCAUCGGUGAAGAUACGAAAAAAAUUGACAUCGACGUAAGAUGUAAGUGA